GGGAUACGGACCCUAGACCCAUCUUCCGCGGCACGCACGCACGGAAUCUUCACCAGAUGUUCCCAGAUGUGGGCACAUGGAUCACCACGCACAAGCUACCCAGUCAACAGCACUCAUCAGUCCUCAUCCACCAUCUCCUAGGCUGCUCUAAAGAUCUGAUUAAAUGGUGUCCAGCUUUCUGGCUCUGGCCGCUGGGUGCACAGCAUUCUUCUGCAAUUGAAUCAAAGCCCUCCUCCCUGACACAGGGACGAAGUGGAAAAAAAUAAUCAGAGCAAGAAUGCCUGGGGCCCAGGUCUGGGAAGGGGCCCAGCAGCUCUCCUUGGGGGAGGGGGAGAGUGCCUUCAGUCUAAGCCGGGAAGUCUAACCCUGACACCACACCGGAGGGCCAAAGACUUAGGGGUGGGUGCAUGCCUUGAAACACAACAGAAGUGGCUGAGCAGGAGCGACAAGUGGACCCUCAGAAGACCCUAAGAAACCUCCCAGGGCGAGGGGGAAAGACCUGAAUUAAACAGACUCAACUUUACUGCCUUUCUGCAGUUCUUCCUCAGACGUGGCCCCCAGCUAUCCCCAGACGCAUGGGGUGUGGCAGUUAACACCCCCCCCUUCUCCAGCAGACGCCUUGCCCCACCCCGUCACGACAGCUGCGGGCCACCGAGAAGAUGGCCUGGCUCCAAGCCCUUGCGCGGGUGGGGAUCUCAAGGCGCCAACACGCGGGGUGCUGGGUCCCUCUGGGUACCCCACCAGUGAACCUUCCUCCCGCCUCGAUUGAACUUGGGAGCUGCUCCCCCUGGGACUGAAAACCCCCUCUUCUCCUCACCAUGCAACCAGGGCCAGAAGGAAAAGUGGAGAGAUGGAGGGAACGUUCGCGAAGUGCCGCUGGGCCGCCCCCUCAUCCCACCCCACCCCCACCCCUCCCACCCUCUCCCCGCCUCCAGGGCCGCGGGGGCCCGCGUCCUCCUCCCGCGGGCGAUCGUCCGGCCAAGUGGGCGCGUCCCGCCCGGGCCGCGGGGAUCUGGUGUCCGCUGCAGCUGGCAGUGCGGCGGGCGCCGGCACCGGCACAAUCGCAGACGGCGUUGGCUAUUAAUAACGUUCCGGGCGAGCCCGGGGUCGUGCAGCCAUGGCCAGCCAGGAACCCCUGCGCGGCGGGGACGGCGCCCGGGCCGCGAGGGAUACACACACAGAGGCCAGUUUUCCUCUUCAGGACUCAGAAUCCCCCAAGGAGGCCAAGACCUUUAACCCAGAGGCCACUCUGUCUUUGGAGGGGAGUGUGAACCUAGAGGACAUUCUCUAUCUGGGGGCAUCGGGGGACUUUGAAGAGAGUCUUUAUGAGGAAGAGUUUGAGAAGCCAGAGCAGACACUGUAUAUUGACGAAUCGAGGCAGCCAGACGAGGCCCUGGACCUGGAAGAGCUUGUGAGUCCAGAGGAGACGCUGUCUGUGGAGGAACCUGUGAGACCAGAGGAGGUACAGUUCUCGGAGCAGCCUGUGGCGCCAGCUGAGAGCCCAACUGCUUGCGAGGGAGAAAUGGUGACCACCACGGAGGAAAGCCGUCCAGCUCAACCGAUUCCCGGCACGGAGGAGAGCCUCAGUGUGGAGGACCUGGAGCUGCUAGAAGGCCGUUUCCAGCAGUGCGUACAGGCUGUAUCUCAGCUGGAAGAGGAGAGGGACCGGCUUAUCCACGAGCUGGUGCUGCUCCGCGAACCGGCCCUGCAGGAGGUACAGCAGGUCCACCAGGACAUCCUGGCUGCCUACAAGCUGCACGCACAGGCCGAGCUGGAGAGGGACGGGCUCAGGGAGGAGAUCCGGACGGUGAAGCAGAAGCUGUUCAAGGUGACCAAGGAAUGCGUGGCUUACCAAUACCAGCUGAAGUGCCACCAGCAGGACGUGGCUCAGUUUGCAGAUUGCAGGGAAGCGCUGACCACCCGGGCCGCCCAGCUCUCUGGAGAACUGACCCAGCUCCGCGAUGCCUAUCAGAAGCAGAAGGAGCAGUUGCAGCAACAGCUAGAGGCACCCCCGACCCAGAGCGAUGGGCACUUUCUCCAGGAGAGCCGACGGCUGUCGACACAGUUUGAAAAUCUCAUGGCGGAAAGCCGUCAGGGCCUGGAGGACGAAUAUGAACCCCAACUGCUUCGGCUCCUGGAAAGGAAAGAGGCGGGGACCAGAGCUCUGCAGGACACCCAGGCGGAGAUCCAGGAGAUGAGGGAGGCUCUGAGACCCCUGGAAGCAGAGGCCCGGCAGCUCCAGCUUCAGAACAGGAACCUGGAGGACCAGAUCACGCUCGUGAGGCAAAAACACGACGAAGAGGUUCUACAGUACAGGGAGCAGCUGGAGGAGAUGGAAGAGAGGCAGCGGCAGUUACGCAGUGGGGUGCAAGUUCAGCAGCAGAAGAACAAGGAGAUGGAGCAGCUGAGGACAAGCCUUGCUGAAGAGCUUUCCACAUAUAAGGCCAUGCUACCCAAGAGUCUGGAUCAGGCUGAUGCACCUACUCCUCAGGCAGGUGGAGUCGAGGCACAAUCCCCAGACAAGGUUUCUCUGUUGUAGUCCUGGAUGUCCUGGAACUCACUUUGUAGACCAGGCUGGCCUUGCACUUGAGACAUCCACCUGCCUCUGGAGGGUGGAGAUUAAAGGCUUGAGCCACCACUGCCCCGUUAAGAACUUUUAAAUUAUAGAUACCAUCUACUGGCUGGUCGGGAUCAGUGAUUAGAACACUUGCUGAGGACACAGAAGUGGCUCUCAGGACCCACAUAGCAGCUCAAGUCUGUAACUCCAGUUCUAGACAAUCUAAUGCCUUUAAACGUGAUACACAGGUACAUGCAAGCAAAACAUCCACUCACACAUAAAGUAUUUAAAUCCAGGUUCUAUAUACACUCCUCCCAACACUGGCACUCAAGCUUCCUUGGUACAGAUCAAAAGGCAACCUUAUUGUCAAGUUCAGAAUGACAAGAGGCCAACAAGAGAGUUAAAUUACUAAAAAAAAAAAAAAAAAAAAAAAAAAAAAAAAAAAAAAAAAAGGGAAGCUGAGGCCGGAGUAUCAUACAUUCAAAAGCCCUUCCAGUAAAACUGAGAUGUUGACUCAAAAAAGUACCAAAAAAAAAAAAAAAAAAAAGAGAGAGAGAGAGAGAAAGUUAAAGGGCUGAGGGAAUAUAGCUCAGUGGUAGGCUGUUUGUUUGGCUUCUAUGGGGUCCUAGUUCAAUUCCUAGUAUCACAAAGCCAAAUAAUAUGCAUACAUGUACAUAGAUGGGUCACCUCAGUAGGUGGGAGAGCAUGUCAAGCAAGCAUGUCUUCAGGAAGACAAACAACAAAUAGAGCCAAAGCUGUACACAACCCAGAUGUCCACACACUUUAUCGGAUACGAACUGGUAAGUAAUUACUUCAGAUGAUUCCUUCAAUAAGCUUCUAGAUUUUCUCUUAUAGUUAUACUGAUCAUUUGGGAGCUUUAACCCUGCAAUGAGGAAAUGAUCUGAUGAAUACCUUUUUAAACAGGAAAAGGAUAAAAACAAAUAUAAAGAGAUCAGAGCUGAGGAUGCAAUGCAGCUCAAUUUAUUUCAAGACUAAGCCCCAGGUUUAAGCUCCAGCACUGAAUAAAUGGUGUGGUGGAUGCCUGCAGUCCUAGCACCUGAGACAGAGGCAGGAACAUCUCUGAGUUCAAGCCAUCCUUGGCCCUAAAGAGGUCCAAGAUACCCUGGGGUAAAGGAGACCCUUUCAGAAAGGAAAGACUGUAGCUAGAGCUAGCUCAGCAGUUUAGAUCACUUGUUCUUUCGGACAACCCAAGUUUGAUUUCCAGAACACCCCUAAUUCCAGUUCUGGGACACCCCUUUCUGGUUUCCUCAAGCACUAAGCACACACUAAAGUGGAGAAAGCACUCAUACAUAAAAAUAUAAGGUCUUUUCUAGCCCCCAAAGACAAAGACGUGCAUACAUUCUACACACACAAAAUCUCAAGAAACAACACUGACGCGGCUGGAGAAGGUCUGGUUAGGAGCACUUGUGGUCUCUGCUGAGGUUCAGCUCCCAGCGCCUACACGAACAGAGUGUAGUUCGGGUCUUAGGGGAUCCAGUGCCCUUUCUGGCCUCCAUGGGCUUUUGUGAACACAUGGUAUACUCACAUCAUAAUCACAAAACCCAAAGACAAGGACCAGGCACUCUAGUACUUAUGUGAGGUUCAGCUCUCCUGCCUUAGCCUUCUGACUGCCAUUCACUGUAGCCGUGCGCCGUCACAUCCGUCUACUCCUCCACCUCAGGGUCACCACUCAGUUUUGCAAGUAAGAGCAACGUGAGCCCCUGCUAGUGGAAUGUCAUUCCUGGUCUCAUGAAAGCACACUGUAGGCAGGUUCGGGGGCACAUGAAUUUAAUCAACACUCAAGAGGCAGGAGGAUCUCUGGGAGCAAAAGGCCCAAGUGUUCUACGGUCAACCACAGUCCAAUCAAAGCUAUACAAUGAAACCAACACAAACAAACCACAUUGUAGAAAUCUAUCCCCCACCCACGCUGCUCUAAGAAAACCUUUAUGUUCAUUGUUAUAAAAAUUAAUUUCAGAUUGUAAAAAGAACAAACUUAACUGUAUUUCUUUCAAUUUUACAGGGACUGUUUAGAAAUGUAUGGUUGGCUCUGUAACCCAGAAACAAGAACGCAUUUAUCAAAGGAUCAGUAGGGAUGGACUUUCCCAAGAUAAGAGUAGCAAGCACCUGGCAAGCAAUGUACCCUGUAAAAGUACAUACACUGGCGGGCUUGCCUGGAGAGGUCAGGCUGGCUGGAGGCAGACUCCCAGUCAGCUCGUAUCUGGAGUCUGCUGUAGGCUACAGGUACUGACGUCAGUGCGGCUUAUCUUCCGGCAGAACCCUGAGUAAUGGAUAGAUCACCACACCCUGAAGUAUCAUCAAGAACAUUAUGGAUUGCUUUGUGCUGAUCCAAACCAAGAACAUCUACGGGAAAACAUUGGUGUCAAAGUCAGCCAAUUUUUGCUACAUGGAUCCACAACAAAAUCUUUUGUGCUACAGGUAUUAAGAGUUUUAAAUGACUCCACUCACAAAGCGAUGUUCCCCUUCAAGUCUACACUCACGUAAUUUACUCUUUUUUUUUUUUUUUUUGGUUCUUUUUUUCGGAGCUGGGGACCGAACCCAGGGCCUUGCGCUUCCUAGGUAAGCGCUCUACCACUGAGCUAAAUCCCCAGCCCCAUAAUUUACUCUUAAAAUAGUGUCAAAUUAAAACCACCACAAGACCCCACUUAUAUAUAGUCCUGGAUGGCCUAGAACUCACUUUGUAGACAAUGUUGGCCCUGAAUUCAGAGCUAUGCCUGCCUCUACCUCUGGAGUGCUGGGACUAAAGGCACGACAGGCUUGUUUUUGAGACCAGGCCUCAAGUAGUCUAGGCUGGUUUCUAACUUGUUAUGUAGGUCAGGAUGACCUUGAACUUCUGAUCUUGCUUCUACCUCCCAACUGCUGGGACUACAGGUGUGCACCAUCAAGCACGACCCAAGACACACCCCAACCUCCAGAGUCACCGUCACCAUGGAUUGCUGCUCUGGCUGUCCUGGGACUCAGAGGAGGGACUCAAACUCAUGGAAAUCUACCUGCCUCACAAGAGCUAGGAUUAAGUGUGCACCACCAUGCCCAGCUUGAUAAUUUUUACUACAUGCUAAUGUAACCAGAACUCCUAGGAAUGACUUCAGAUUUGGACCAGACACUUUGUUUUUCAAACUUUCCCAAAGAUCACAAAUGGUUCUGGAGGUGAGACUCAGCUAGUCAGUCCAAGCAAAAGCAGUUACUUUUCCCAGCUAUCACCACGUGCCAAUAAAGGCACCGACUAUAUUUUAAAAGUAGGGGUUCCAAUGAAAAACAUUCGUCAGAUAUUAGCUCUCUGUAAAACAGUUCAAGUGUCUUUCAAAUUUAAACUAUGCCUUAAGUUCUCUAUCACACUGCCUCCGAGAUUCUUGGAAACCAUGGAGCUCUCUAGAGAAAACUUCAAGAAUAUGUCAUUUUACCACGGCUGAUUUGUGUACUCUAUUCAGUAAUGUCUUCACAAUUUCCCCAACUGGAGUAAAGCUCUCUUUUAUCUAUGGUUGUAGGUCUGUUAUGUUUAUUCUAAUCUCGAUAGUCAAAAUCAUGGAAAACAACUGUCAUUCGAACAAAUUCUUCCAGAAGCCAGAGACUGUUGUCUGAUGGAUACUAAAUAAAACCCACCAGCAUGGGGCUAUAUAGAAAAGCAAUUUAUUCCGUUAUAAGCACUUACACAGUUAGUCAUGGAGAGUUAAUAGGCCUGAUGGUGAGACAGGUUAGCCAAAAUGGAGAUGGCGUCAAACUAUAGUGGUCAAAGACUAACCCUACAAAAGCAACGUUUAUCAAGGAUUAAUUUAAUCUUAGAAACAAAUACAAACUAGCAAUCCACUCUUUCUCAACAUGACAGUGCACCAGUGGUACAACUGCCAGGUAAAAACGUACAUCUUUACAACUUGGUGGUCCCAAGUUUAAAAAAGAAAAAAAGAUUAAAAAAAAAAAAAAAAAAAAGAAAGAAAGAAAAAAAAAAAAAAAGAA